AUGUUGUUGCUCGAGACAAAGCUGGGCCUCGCCCUUGGCCUCCUGCUUCGCUUGGCGUCGGCUUACGAUUGUCCUGUCGUCACGAGAGAGGCCACUACGAACUACGGAGCGGGCAUCAGCGACGAAGCUCAUGAGGGCUUGACACCGUUUGAGCUGGGAACGUGGAAGGGCGUCGUGGCAUUCAACGAGGAUCAUUGCGUUCAGAUGUGUUGCGAGAGGCUGGAGUGCUUCGUGGCGGUGUUCGACCACGCCGAAGCUCUGUGCUACCUGAAAGCGGCGGCCGCGUUGGAGUCGACUGCCUUUGUCUCUGAAGAGGGAUUCACUACUUUCGAAUUGUCCGUCCGAGAAGGCGACCCGUCACCUGUGGCGACGGAACCAACGGAGUGUCACGGCAAGAGGGGUGUGUCCUUUGACUUCAAGGAUGCCGAUGACUUGGACGCGCUAGCUCCCGGCAUGUCGUGGUGGUACAACUGGAGCCCGGCCAUCAUUGCAUCGGAGGUGAAGAUCGCUCAAUCCUCGUCCGGUUGCGAGUACAUCCCCAUGAUCUGGGGCGAGAAGGACUUGGACUCGACGCGCUUGGCGAACUUGGCUUCACUCGGCCAGUCUUCGCACAUGCUCGGGUUCAACGAACCCAACUUUGGCUCUCAGGCGAACCUGACGCCGCAGGAAGCUGCGGCGCUUUGGUCGACGGUGAAGAGCGAGGCAGCCACGCUUGGCGCGGAGAUCGUGUCUCCCGCGGUGAACUUCUGCGGAGGAGACUGCACCAAGGAGGACCCUUACGAAUGGCUGGACGAUUUCUUUUCGGCGUGCGAAGGCUGCGACGUCACUGCAAUCGCUGUGCACAUCUACACCUGCGAGGUACGCUACCUCAACAAGAUCCUGCACGGCUACCUCAAGUACGGCCUCCCUAUUUGGAUCACGGAGUUUGCUUGCGCUGAUGACGCUGCCUACAUGAACGAGGCGUCCCAGGCCGCCUACCUCGCCGAUGCCCUGACGCUGCUAGAGUUGCACCCAUCGGUGGCCCGCUACGCCUGGUUCACCGGGCGAGGCGGAGACGACGUGGGCGUGACCGGAUCAGACCUCCUGUCUGCGACCGGCGUGUUGACGAAAGUCGGGAGCGUUUUCGUGGAAACGUACCAGGACUUGCAGCGCUGCGAAGACAUGACCUCUUCUCUGAGCACGGGCAUCUUGCCAUCGUCCACUCCGACCAACAUUGCCGAGCCCGGCACAAUGACGGGAAUGACAGACGUCGACCCCGAGGCGACCGAGAUCACGAACGUUGUCAUCGGUAACCUGGGUGGGACCGGCACGUACAUGGAUGUCGUCGGCAUGGACCCUGGAGCAGACAUGCACUGCCCUUCCACGGAGGCGGCAUGCGUGCAAAAGGAGGUCUCCGUGAGCGGAACGCUGGCUCCGUUCGAUGAGGCUGUUUCGGUAGCGUUCCGUGGCCCCAUGAACAUCCACAACAUCGUCUGGUUCGAAGGAGAAGCGGACUCGUUGAGCAAGACCUCCGCUUGGACACCUGUCACGUCGAACAACUUGGUGUUCAUGACAAACCAAGGUGGAUACACCGAAUGCUCUGGCGAAUGGACCAUCUGCGGAGGCAGCAGCCAGAGCUACGCAGACGAGACGGGCAGCUCGUGUGCGAGUGAGCCCAAGCAGUUUAGCGGUGUGUUGGGCGGCGAUCAGGGCGUGAACAUCAUGACAAGCACGGAGUGUGCGGAUGAUUCUACGUGCGGGUUCUACCGAGAUACGGGCAUGGAGGGCUGGAGCGGCGGCCUCGACGGCUCCAAGGUGGUGCGAACGGCGCAGUACGGGUGCAACUGCCGAGGGGCCGGUGGGAACGGGGGCUGCGGGGAGUUCGACAUCGUGGAAGCGGUCAUCGGCGUCGACCACGCCGACAUGAUGUUCACGACGGUGUACGACUUCAAGGGAACCGGCGCCCCCGGGCACGGCAAAUACUUCAACAGGCCAUCGUCGCCGGCCCACUACGCGGCCAUUUUCAGGGGGGGCGAAGAUGCGUACCUCCAGGUGGUGCAGCUCACAGAAUUCGACUACAGCCAGACCACGUUGUCCGGGCUGUGGCUGGACGACCUGAAGCUGGCGUCCACCGAGAACCACGACGUGUACGACGUGCCAGCUUGAUCGGGAUGCCGCUGCCAUAAAGUUCUUUCGCGAGGGACACGUCAGGCCAUCUCAGGCGCACCCGCCCUGCUCACGCUGGAUAUUGCAUACCACAUCAGUAUCAGCAUUCUCGAUGUAACGAUGUCUAUUAGUACGCAUUAGAGAAGACACCUGUAACAAUCGUCAACGGCGAGCCCGGUGCAGCUGUGGACAGAUGUACAACAAGCAAGCACGGUGUGUUCGUUUCCGGACCAGAAAGACGUUCAUGUCGCGCGUCCGAUUUUGUUUUCGCGUUUUCGCCCCCGUACAGUUGGAGGAAACAGUAACAUUGGUACGUGCCAAUAACAUUGGUACGUGCCAAUGGUGUGUAGACGGGACUUCUUUUAUCUCCCGGUUUUAGACUCGACAACACGCGGGCUGCCAUUAGAACGCACAAUUUGGUGAAGUACGCACGUGUGAUGUCGUUUUUAACUAGGAGGGUUCUUUCUCCCUUCUCUCCUACUUCAGUAUGUGACUGCGUUCGUGAUUUUAAUUUUGUCGCCUUCGCGCGAGAUUCCUUUGUUGGUUGCCGUUGCACACACGGCUGAUUUGACAUCCACCGUGUUUAGCCUGUCGCACAUUGUGUUUUGUCGCCGCGCUUCGGUGUUGUACGUUGUUUUUGUUUUGUGUCUUGUUCGAGGUGCUUUGUUAGUUAACAACACAAGUCCACCGGCUUGUUGUUUACCUGUUUCUUAUUGUCACCCUUCAAGGUGCGUCUUAUUUGAAGGCGUUUCUUCUUAGUUCAGUUGUUGUGGCGUUUCAAUCAGCGACGUACGCACCGUAGCACGUCUUCGGUACUUUGCUUUCUCGGUUGUUUAAGGUGUGUGCUAUCGUAGCCCUGACGCGUUUCUAUUAUUCCCUAGAAUAGAAGUGAAAGUUGUUGUACGAUCAGCGUCGUGUGCGAUGCUUGCGUCGGGAAGGCGUGGGCACCUUUGAAGCUGUGACAUCAGGAUCAACAACCUCGAUUUCGACCUCAUAUGCUUACGCUUAUGCUUUUGCCUACUUGACGGCGGUCUCCGUAGCAGCGGUUGCGGAAGUGGUCAGUCUAGAGGAUAGGACGCGAUUCCGGCCACAGUGCCAGUGUUAGGGUACACCCGAGACGAAAUGGUGCCCUCGUUGAGGGUCUUGUUGCAAUCGCGAGCAAGUUGGUGUUGGACCUUAGUACACCAACAACCAUCGUAUCGGUGCUGGGGAUAGAUGCUGUCUAGGAGGAAUGUGUGAUCUUACAUGGGAGUUUUUGUUCUUGACCUUAUCUGUGAAGCGCUUCUGAUACAUCCAGGGGUUGGUUUCGUCCCAACAUGAACACUUCCCGGCGUCUGGGGUGCGAGAGAUAAGAAGGUGCUGUAGUGUGCUUGGUUUGUGCAGUGUAUUUAGCAUCGUUUAUUUGUUAGGAAUUCGUUCGUUGCACGGUUGGUGGACCUGUUCCAAGAUUUCUUUUUGUGUCUGUACCUCCUUGUGGGCCUCUGAUCGAUCAAAUGUCAAUGUGAAUUGGACUUUCUUCACCUC